UGUUCCGAUUUUUUUUUCUUAAUUUUUACAUAAUGGUAUUUAAGAAACAUUUUCUGCCCGCGCGGGCCUAUUCUAAACAGGAAAAUGCCAUUAUAUUGUUUCAAUGUCAAAAAUAGAAUUGACGGCGACUUUUCAACAGGACACUGCAUGGUACGGAACUUUUCGCAACUGCAAGGACAGGAUUUUCCGGUGAGAAGNUAACACUUGAUUGCUGGCCUGGGAAGCGGAAAUGCAGAGAUUUCUUUAGCUCGUGUCAUGUUAGUGACAACGACUGCAGACAGUGGAACCUGGACAACUGACAAAGUAAGGUGUUGUAAGAGUGCCACCUGCACUCAGAAGCGAUGGCAAUCAUGAAGGGGUUGCAUUGGGUACUGCUUUUGGCACCAUUCAGUCUGCUUCGACACACGUACGCAACAGACGUGUGCAAUGUGGAGGUGGAGUUUGCAUGCCACAGUAGUGGGGCCUGCGUUCCGACCGUGUGGCAGUGUGAUGGGCAGAUAGACUGUCCAGAUCGGUCAGAUGAGCUCAACUGCCCAGAAAUUAUAUGUGGUAGUGAUGAAUUCAAGUGUAAUGACAACCAAUGCAUUCCUCUGCAUUGGGCUUGUGAUGGCUUUGCCGACUGCUUUGAUGAAUCUGACGAGUUCAACUCCACCUGUGCCAGUCCUCUGCCGCCUUCCUGUCAGGAGGGUCAGUUUGCCUGCCCGGCGGGCAGCAUCCGGUGUAUCCCGGCCACCUGGGUCUGCGACUCAGAUGACGACUGUGACGGGGGCGGGGACGAGCUGGACUGCCCCUCCACCAGAUGCAACGAGGAUCUACACUUCCAGUGCCAGCAGGACUCUAGCUGCAUUCCCAAAGCGUGGAUGUGUGACGGCGACGCCGACUGCAGCGACUCCAGCGAUGAAUACAUACUGCUCUGUCGGGCAGGUCCGCACUGCAACAGCGGCUAUCGCGUCUGCGCCAGCGGCGAGUGCAUCCUCCAGGAGUGGUGGUGCGACGGACAGGUGGAGUGCGGUGACGGAUCUGACGAGGAGAACUGCAACAAUAUUGUGCCGGUCACAUGCCGAGGUGACGAGUUCACCUGCCCGACCGGGGACAGGUGCAUCAGCGGGCUUUGGGUGUGCGACGGGGAGCAGGACUGCGACGGUGGUGAAGACGAGGAAGGCUGCCCUCCCAAGACGUGCGGGACAGGAGAGUUCCUCUGCAGGACCAGUCAGCUCUGCAUUCCCAGGAGAUGGUUGUGCGAUCAAUCAGACGAUUGUGGUGAUUCCAGUGACGAGGAGGAAGCAUUGUGUCAGAGCUCUGAAAUCGUGUGCGGCGUCGGCUUCCGCAAAUGUAACAGCAGCCAGUGCAUCCUAGAGGGAUGGUGGUGUGAUGGGGAUGACGAUUGCACUGACAGAUCCGACGAGGCAGACUGCACUACCCGAGGGCCGACGAUCUGCCAAACCGACGAGUUUGCCUGUACAGAGAUAGAAACGUCUUGCAUCAGCAAAGUGUGGGUGUGCGACGGGGAUGAAGACUGCAUGGGCGGGGAAGAUGAGGAGGGCUGCCCGGCCAAGACGUGCACGGCGGAGCAAUUUCAGUGUCGCGGGGACGAGAGAUGCAUCCCAAGUCGGUGGGCCUGUGACAAGGACAACGAUUGCGUGGACGGAAGUGACGAGGAUCCAAGCAUGUGUCCCGUGCCGUCUGACAAAUGUGGACGCAACGAGCACAUGUGCAACAAUGGGGAGUGUCUUCCAGCCGCAUGGUGGUGUGACUCGGAGGCUGACUGCAUGGAUGGGGAGGACGAACACAAUUGUAGCAGAGAGGCGACCUGCCCCCCUGAUGGUUUCACCUGCGAUUCAGGCAGAUGCGUGUCCUCCGCGGCACGUUGUAACGGUAGACUGGAGUGCGAGGACUCGUCAGACGAAGCAGACUGCCCUGGCGACUCCUGCAUCCUGCCAAACUUCUUCCAGUGCCCGGACAACCCAUCCUGCCUCCCGAUUUCCCAGGUUUGCGACGGUACAGACGACUGCCCUAACGGGGAGGACGAAACGGAGUGUACUGUCCAGCCUUGCAGUGACAACAACGGAGGCUGUGGGGACCGACAGUGUAUCACCGUCCCCAGUGGAUACUUCUGCGAAUGUGGCACGGGGUACCAGUUCACCAUAUAUGGAUGCUCAGAUGUGGAUGAAUGCAUGCUGAUGCCCGACCCCUGCCCAGGUCUCAACUGCACCAAUCUGCAGCCGGGGUACACAUGUGUCUGUCCCGAUUCGCGCUACUACCUGGACGCGGAAAAUCGCACUUGCAAGUUCGUCUUUCCGACGCCCCCAACUAUGCUCCUGGCGAAGCGCCAAUAUGUAACAUCACUGGAUGUCGCGCUCCGGCAGUUCAGUUUGUUUGCUGACGGCUUCCAAGCGGCGGUCUCCAUCAGCUACGACCCCGGCACCGGUGCAGCUUACGUGGGAGACUUGGCAGGAGAUAUUGAAAGGAUUACCGUAGCAGAGGGUCUCGUUGAAAGGCAAGUAAUCACUCACGCUGGCAUCCCAGACGGAAUGGCAUUUGACUGGAUCUACAGGAACCUCUACUGGACCGACACGGCCCCCGACACCAUCAGCGUCUCCUCUUGGGAUGGCACAUCGGUCAAAGUCCUCAUCGACCAUGGACUGGACGAACCAAGGGCUAUUGCUGUGGACCCGAGGCAUGGAUACAUGUACUGGAGUGACUGGGGAAUCAGGCCCCACAUCGGCCGUGCCGACCUGGAUGGCGGGUCAGCCCGCUGGCUGAUAACCGACAACAUUGGAUGGGUCAACGGGCUGGCACUGGAUUACGAGGCAGGCCGCAUGUACCUGGCCGAUGCCAAACUAAAUCGGUUGGAAUCAGCAGACUUGGAUGGCGGCAAUCGCCACGUAGUCCUGGAUUCCAGCCGCUUCUCUGGUUUGCAGCAUCCAUUUGGGCUUGCCGUCUACCAGGACACCCUGUACUGGUCAGAUUGGGAUAGUGGAGCUGUCAACUCGGCCAACAAGUUUAACGGGGAAGGAGCGGAAACACUCUUCAGAAACAUUUACACACCGAUGCAUCUGGUGCUCACGGAGGGUUACUAUGAUGCCGUCAACCUCUGCGAGGAGGCGGGCAAUCCCUGCUCUCAUCUCUGCCUCAGAUCACCGUCCGCGCCCGAAGGGUUCAUCUGUGCAUGCCCAGAUCAGGCCAGCCUGGCGUCCGACCAGAGAACCUGCCUGUGCGGUAGCGGCCACCGACUUUCUGACAAUGGCAGCACUUGCGCUGCCGAGAAUAGAUGCCUGGUAACCCCCGACCCUUGCCGCGGCAUCGAAUGCGUGGACGCCAAGGCCGGUCCCGUCUGCAUCUGCCCCGCAGGGUACCGUCUCACCCAGGAGAGAGAAGGCCCAACAUGCCAUCACGCCUCCCCGACCCCGCCCAACAUACUGGUUGCUGAUGGCCAGGUGGUUAGGGACAUUGAGUCGGUCUUUGGCACCACAGAAAUGGAUAUUGGUCGCUUCAUCUCAGCUGCUGUUUUGGCCUACGAUGGUCUCCCGGGCAACGAGGCCGUGUAUGUCACUGAUACUGGCCCAGGAACCAUCAAAAGGAUUGGGUAUGCCGGCCGCAUGGAGGGUAACACAACGCUGAUCACGUCAAACACAGGGCCCGUAUUUGGCCUAGCCUUCGACCCCGUCCACCGGUACCUAUACUGGACAGACAGCCGGAAGGGCACAAUAAGCGUCGCAACGUGGGACGGAAGCUAUAGCAAGGCUCUCCUCUCGAGGGACGACGGGAUAAGCACCCCCCGGGCACUGGCCUUGGACCUUGAGAACGGGUACCUCUACUGGAGCAGCUUUUCGCCGAGGUUUGCCAACAUCAUGCGCGCCGGGCUAGAUGGCAGCAACCCGGAGCAGGUUGUCACUGACUACUGGGAGCGUCCGGUCAGCCUGGCCCUUGACCCCUCGCAGGGCAAGAUCUACUGGCUGGAUGCAGGGUCCAAGACCAUCGAGUCAGCGAAGUUGGACGGGAGCCGGCGGCGGGUGAUCAUGAGGGACAUGUCUAGACGUCCGUUUGGGCUCGCCAUCUACCAAGACAAACUGUACUGGACAGAUGCCCAGAAGUCCUCACUAUUUUCAGCCAACAAGUUUUCAGGUUCAGACUUGGACGUCGUGGCGAAAGGCUUGGGUCGCCCAGCUGGUUUGGCCGUGGCCGCUCAGCCGGACAGGAUCCCACCCAGUGCCUGUGCGGAGUCCAGCAAGGGUUGUUCCCACUUCUGCCUGGGUAGCCCUAGCAAUGCCCAGGGCUACUCUUGUGCCUGCCCUGGGGAAGACACCAUGUUGACCGAGGACCCUGAAAGUGGGACGGGCGUCUGCGUCUGUGCCAACGGGACUCGACUGCAUAUGGACAGCCAUCGUUGCGAGCAGCCCAGGGAAGGUUGCCAGCGGAACGAGUUCCAGUGCAGGAGCGACAACAGCUGUGUCCCGCUGACGCGCACCUGCGACGGACAGCCCCACUGCGUCGACGGCUCCGACGAAGACUGCGACGGCGGCUGCGGUGACUGGGGUUACCAGUGCAACAACGGAUCCUGCAUACCAGCAGGGCAGCGCUGCGACGGAAUAGUAGACUGUGAUUACGGCUAUGAGGACGAGGUCAACUGUGAAUUGGCUCCUGACUGGUGUGUGAAUACAACAGAUCCUAUCCCUUGCCCUGGGGUGGAGUGUCUGAAUUUGAUCAGUGGACCACAGUGUGUUUGCCCACAGAGCUACGCACUCAACCCUGACGGACGAACCUGUACGUUCGCCUACCCGACAAGACCCAAGGUGUUGGUUGCUGGUCGAAACCGCAUCCUUGAGGUAGACACUCUGUUUGAUACCACUGGCGAAAUUGACGGGGACUGGGAGAACGUCAUCAGUGUCCACUAUGGUGUUGGCUCGCAAUACAUGUUCGUCGCUGACACCGGAAAGCGCACUGUGGAUAGAUUCUUGGUCACCGGAGGUUUCUUUGGGCAGAACAUCUCCAUCACAGACCGUGUCGUCCUGGAGGAAAAUACCACGUCCCUGGAGGGCACAGCCUACGACUGGGUGCACAGCAACCUGUACUGGGUCACUGCUGCGGGCAAAUCCAUCCUAGCCAUACCAGUUGAUGGUCAGUUCCCCUCCAGCGUGGUGCUGGGCGGGUUGGACCAGCCUCGGGCCAUCGCUGUGGACCCCAUGGAGAAAUACAUUUACUGGACUGACUGGGGAGCUGUGCCGAUUAUCGGCAAGGCUGGCCUGGACGGCUCACAGCCAACUGCCCUGGUCAAUUCCAGCCUAGGCUGGCCCAACGGCCUGGCGCUGGACUACGAGGCUCGCCGGGUCUACUGGGUGGACGCCAAGCUGAAGAUCAUGGAGUACAUCGGCUUUGAUGGGGAUGGACGACGAGUUCUUAUCAAGGAGAGCAGCAUCUUGCAGCACCCGUUUGACGUGGCCAUUCACGAGGAUCAAGUCUUCUGGGGAGACUGGAGAACUAGCAGUCUUUACUAUGCCAACAAGUUCACCGGAGCGAUUUCCAAAGGGAUAUCUCUGGCCGUCUCUCCUUUGUUCAUGUCCAUUGUCAGGGACAGCCAGCAAGGAGUGUAUGAUGUCCCCAACCACUGCGAGGGGGACCACGGCUGUUCCCACCUUUGCCUUCCCUCCCCGUCCAGCCAGGCAAACUACACCUGCGCUUGCCCCCUGAUGUCUCAGCUGGAUAGCGAUGGUCGGACCUGUCUCUGCAACAACGGGACACGGCUUCUGGAAGACGGCACUAGCUGUGAGAUGAGUUCCAGAGAAGAUUGCGAGCGUAACGAGUUCCAGUGCAAGAGUGACGGCAGCUGUAUCCCACUAUCGCAAACCUGCGAUGGGCAGCCCCACUGCGCCGACGGCUCCGACGAAGACUGCGACGGCGGCUGCGGUGACUGGGGUUACCAGUGUAACAGCGGAUCCUGCAUACCAGCACAGCAGCGUUGCGACGGGGUAGUGGACUGUGAUAAUGGCUACGAGGAUGAGGUCGAUUGUGAAUCAGCCUCAGACUGGUGCAGUGCUACAGAUCCUAUCCCUUGCCCUGGGGUGGAGUGUCUGAAUUUGAUCAGUGGGCCACAGUGCGUUUGCCCACAGAACUACGCACUCAACCCAUUUGAUGGACGGACCUGUAUGUUCUCCCACCCAGCGAGAUCUGUGAUACUGGUUGCCGAUCAAGACAGACUCCUGUUUGUAGACAUAGUGCUUGGGCUGGCCGGAGUCCAUCCUGUCCAGGGUGAAUGGACGGACAUCUCCAGUGUCGUCUACGAUUUUACCUCAAAAUAUUUGUUUCUCGGGGACCUAACGAAGCAAUCCGUGGAAAGGUAUGACACCACCUUGGGAUUUUACUGGGCGCCCCUUGAGAUCUCCAACCACACCGUCCUGUAUACAGGACAAGGCAGUGUUGAGGGCAUUGCCUACGACUGGGUCCAUAAGAACCUGUAUUUUGUCAACGCCGAUGCCAAGGCAAUCCUAGCCAUACCCUUUGAUGGCCGCUUCUCAGCCAGCAUGGUGCUUGCUGAGCUGGACAAGCCUCGGGCUGUCGCUGUGGACCCCAGAGAAAGGUACAUGUACUGGACUGACUGGGGAGAGGCGCCGAUGAUCGGCAAGGCUGGCCUGGACGGCUCACAGCCGACAGCCCUCGUCAGUUCCGGCCUGGCCUGGCCCAACGGCCUGGCGCUGGACUAUGAGGCACGCCGGGUCUACUGGGUGGACGGCAAACUGAACGUCAUGGAGUACGUCGGCUUUGAUGGGGAUGGACGGCGAGUUCUCAUCCAGAAUCUAAGACACCCAUUUGGUAUCGCCCUCUUCCAGGAUCAAGUCUACUGGGGCGACUGGUCCCCGAGGGCUUUGUCAUCUGCAAACAAGUUUACCGGAGAGAUUACCGAGGAAAUAUAUCUUGGAACAAGUCCCAUGUUCAUGUCUGUGCUCAAGCUGUAUCCAGAACUUGGCUUUGAAAACGUCGUUGACUCCUGCGAUGUGUACCCGGGCUGUUCCCAUCACUGCCUGCCCUCCCCAUCCAGCCCCACUAACUACAGCUGCACCUGCCCGGCCAACGCCUACCUGGGCCCAGACGGACGGACCUGUCUUUGUACAAACGGCAGACGCCUGCAUGCAGAUGGCACAAGCUGUGAGGAGGAGCCAGUUGCCGAUCUCCCCUUGCCCUUGCGAGUCCGAGGCUUGACCAGCCAGUACCUGGAGGACCAAGGCACAAACUUUGACAUGCGCUGUGUCGUCACCGAGAGCGCAGUGACCUGCACGCCCCGAGGGGCCAAGGAGCCUACCUUGGCAGACCCUGCAGGGCGAUACGAAUGCCGACCUCCGCGCAAUUAGCACGCCACCCAGCUCAAGCCAAGGUACCCGACUGAAAUUCAAAAGCACUUUGGACCACCUGUCAUUGGAUUGUGCUUUCAUCAAUCAAUUUGCUUGCUGUUUUGGACAGCAUUAAAGCAAACAUUGCAUUUGAAUACAGACAUAUCAAAUCGACCGUGAGUCUUGUAGUUUUAAUACACUGAAUUUGUCCUCACAGAGAGUUUCUGAGCCAACAUUGUAGAACAGUUAUAUCACUUAAUGAGUUGUGAAGUUGUCAUUUUAAGUAGUUGUGUAGAAGGAAAACUGUUUCUUUAAAUUGGAAUUUUACAGAGGAGACAUAAAAAGGAAAGUAGUGAAGUUCAAAUUUUAAUCAGCUGUUUCCUGAGAAUUGCAAGACUCUUCUGAAAAGAUUGAAAGUAAACAAUUCGAAUGUCAUUGUACUGGUCUGUUACCAUGGGAAAUCAAGCCAUUUGCCUUAUUUGGUUAUUUUGAACAAGAGACGGUGCUGCCUAUUAUAAAAUUAGUGGUUUUAAAACUGGACUGUAUACCAUUUUGAUAGCCAACUUUGUAGAGUUUGAAUAUGUAAACUAGGUCUGAUGACGAAUUGGCUCCAUGAUAAUAAAUUCCAUUCGGUACAAAGGAUAAAUGUUGCAGUUGGUAAGUAUUACGGUUGUCAGAUAGAUUAUUAAAAGAAUCGGUGUGGAACUUUAAUAAUAAAUCAUAUUUUCAGUGGCAGUGAUGUAAUCUCUCAUUGACAAACCCUCAUUUUGUUCCUUUUGUCAAGAUGGAAGAGGCACUUGUAUGAGAUUUGUGUUUUAGUGCAGACACAAAGUAAACAGACUCACUACCCAGUCUGAUACAACUCCAGUCGUCUUAUCAUCCAUAGAUUGUUAAAAUAAACGUAGCUGUCAGACUGUUCAGAAACCAAGUAGGCUUUGUUUAUAAGUGUGUAGAGCUCAUGAUUUAUGGUCCUAGCAUUGCUCCUUCAACCCCAAGAAAACUGGUAAUGCCAACGUAAUCUGACGUCACCAGUCAUGGAAUUAAACCAUAUAAUCCAUAGA